UGUGAGCCUGGAGUAUAACAAAACUAUGCGCAAGCAUAUGAGCGGCUUGUUUGAAAAAAACUGGGCGAGCGACAAUAUGUUAGGUCCACAGUGGUAAGGAUGGUCGUCGAAUUUUCGUCUAUGUUUUACGUCUCCUGUUCUAUACGAACAGUAAGAAUACUACUCCUCGCCUCAGAUUGUUCACUUUUGCGAUUUGCACAGGCUCGGAUACUCGCCCACAACACAGGAAACCACGAAUUCUGUGGAGAUGUUCCCAUGUCCUCGGAAUCCAAAAGCUCCAGAUCUAGUAUCCCCUUCAUCCAGUCUGCGCUCGGCUCUUUCUUGGCCUUGCUUUUGCGCGGCAUUCCUUGGUUUGCCGUUGGCACAUCAGCCAUGUCCUUUUUGCCAGUUCUAUUGGUAGGUUCUGUCUUCUUAUCUUUUUCGUCUCUUCUGUGUCAUUCUUUCUGUCGAAUCUUUGCUUUAAACACCUGGCAAUUCCCUUUUUGUUGGCCCUCCUUGUCAUACUUUUAGUCUUCCUUCGUAUCCUCUACUCGGUCAUCGUACUUUUCAGGAAAGCCGGCAUCGAACGCUGCCUUGAAUUCACCCUAUGGCAUUCUGCCUGUGUGGUGGGUGCCAAAGGUUAGCUUCUGCUAUGUCGAUCGUUUCCAGACCUUGUAGCUGCGUUACUCAAUAUCUGUCGCACAGCUGCAGUGGUCCUUGGGAACCAGGAACGGCCUGAGCAAUGCUCACCAUUUCCCUCCGCCUACUUUGUCGCCAACAGCAUUUUGUAAGCCUAGCAAGUACAGCGAAUCACACCGUGUCAAGGCAUUCUGU